AUGAAUUUGUUCAGUAUUAAAAUAGUUCGGUCUAUGGCUGCCACGCUUUUUAUUUUAUUGCUGUUCAUGGUUACUGACAUUAAUUUAGCCCAAACGCAACAUAAGCGAUUUUGCAGCUUCUUCAGAUUUGAAAGUAAAUUAAUGGAUAACAAGAGAGACUGUGGCAUUGAAGAAUUUAAACAGAUUGAUAUAAAAGGAGACGGGAAUUGCUUCUUUAGAUGUAUUAGUGUGUUUCUGUAUGGACAUGAAGAGAAUCACAGAAGAAUUAGAGAGAAGAUUGUUCGUAGAAUGGAUGCCAAUCAUGAGGUUUACCAAGCGUUAAUCGAUGAGGAUUUCAACCAGCAUAUACAAGACCAACUUAGUACAAGUGGGGAGUCCACGGCAUGGGCAACUGAGGCGGAGAUUCUUGUGGCUUCCAGUGGGUUCAGAUGUAAACUAUUGAUUCUGAGUUCAGGAGAAAAGGGACAGACGUACACUUGUUUCGAUAUUAACUACAAGGAAGGAUGUAAACCAAACGCAGGCUGGAUAGCUAUAUCGCACUGGAAUAACCUCUUUAUCCCUGACAAGAAACACUGUACGUGCGAAUUACCUGAACCCGAUACUGAUUGGAUAAAAGGGAACGUUACAGACUGGUUUGAUAUGACAACUAAGAAGAGCUCUAAGUACCAGGGUGAACCGAUAUACAGACAGGCAGUGAAUAGUAAUAAUGUCAACGGAUCGGCGGGGCUGGGGAAAGGGGAGGUAACGCAGAAGGAAGAAAACAACCUGAUCGUAAAUCUUUCCGAUAAAAUUCUGACGAAAGUAAAUAACAUAGCGAACAGAUUACAUAAAAACGAUCACAUAGACAGGGAUCUAAAACAGUACCUUAUACCAAAAUACCCUACUAGCGGUCUACUUAAAGGCAACCCCAAGAUCCACAAGAAGAACAACCCCUUUCAACACAUCGUCAACGGACAGGGAACGGCAACGGAAAGAUUCGCGGAAAUAGCAGAGAAAGAAUUAGAAGAAUUCAUAGAAGAUGGGUUUGGAAUCUGGACAGGAACAGUAGCAGAAUUAGAAGAAUUCCAAGCAGAAGUCAACACCAUACAUGAAAAGAUAAAAGUAGAGUUACGAUGGAGUUAUGAGAGUAUUGAAUUUUUGGAUGUGAUGGUUAUGAGAAAGGAAGAUAGGUUAACAACUGGAUUGUACGUGAAACCAACAGAUAAGCAUAUGUAUGUACAGGCCAAAUCAGGUCACCCACAGAAUGUGAAGAAAGCCAUACCCUAUGGAUUAGCAAUAAGACCGAGAAGAAUUUGCGAAAACGAAGAAGAAUACCAAAAGCAUAUAAAAGACCUGAAACAGCAACUGAGAAACAGAGGGAACAGCUCCCAAGUUCAUCGAAAGACAGUUGUCGGGAGUGGAUGGUAUGGAUAG